AUGUCUUUGGCCCGUGUUCACACUGAUUCUGCUCCUGCCGCUGUUGGCCCUUAUGCUCAAGCUAUCAAGGCUAACGGUUUCGUCUACACCUCUGGUCAAGUUGCUUUGAACCCUGCCACUGGUAAGGUCGUCGAGGGUGAUGUUAAGGAACAAACCAAGCAAGUUUUCCUCAACUUGACUGAGGUUCUCAAGGCUGCUGGUUCUAGCCUUGAAAAGGUUGUCAAGACCACUGUUUUCCUCAAAGAUAUGAAUGAUUUCGCUGCCAUGAACGAGGUCUAUGCUUCUUUCUUCCCCUCUCAUCAACCUGCUCGUUCUGCUGUCCAAGUUGCUCGUCUUCCUUUGGAUGUUGCUGUCGAAAUUGAAUGUGUCGCUUUGACUGAUUGA